AUUAUUUGAAAAGACGAUAUCGAAUUCGUCACUGAAUUCCCAUGUUUUUUGGGACACCCUGUAGAUAUGUGUGUGAUGAGCUAAAGUAUAUCUGUUUUUAUUGAAUAUUAAAUUGAUAUAAAUAUAUAUAUGUAUAUUUAUUAGUAGCGUACACAGGGGGGGCAGUAGUCCUCUUGCACCCCCCCGUGGGCAUCCUGCAGGGGAGGACCCUGCCCCCACCCCUGGGAUUUUUGGGCAAAGGUAAAAAUAAGGGUAAAAAAAAGAGCUUGCCCUCAUCAUCAAAGGGGUGUUUUCCUUUUUAAAAAGUAUAGUUGAAAAUUUUCUUGGCGCGAAGCGCCAUUUAUUUUCAAAAGUUACCUUAGUAUUUCCCUUUUAUCUAAAAUCUCCACCCCACUGCAUACUUGAUAAACAACUAUAGAUAUAAUAUGCAUUAAUGCACAGACGCGUACACAGGGGUGGGGCAGUAGUCCUCGUGCCCCCCCCCCUGGGAUUUAUGAGCAAAGGUAAAAAUCAGGUGUUCUGGGUAAUAAAAAAGAGCUUGCCCUAAUCAUCAAAAGGGUGUUUUCCCCCUUAAAAAGUAUAGUUGAACACUUUCUUGGUGCUUUGCGCCAUUUGUUUUUAAAUUUUACCGUUGUAUUUCCCUUUUAUCUAAAAUCUCCACCCCCCACCCCCCCGCAUACAAUUGAUAAACAACUAUAGCUAUAUAUGCAUUAUGCAAGCGUUUGGCAUGUUUUUCCGAAAAUACUGAAGGAUACAUUUAAAUAUUAAUAGUCCGUGGACUACAAAGGUAAAUAGUCUCAGGAAUUGAGAGAACUAUACAGAGGGAUACAGUCCUUGAAUCGGGACUACAAUGGACUACAAUUAUAGGAGAGUAGUCUCAUGAGACUACUCAGGACUUCAGACCGGGCAAUACAGAACUAUACAAAUGGACACUUUGUAAUAUGUAGUCCUAGUGAAUUGCAGACUACAGUGCAGAUCACUAGAAAGGGUAGUUAUAGUCUCAGGAGACAUACUCAGGACUUCAGAGAGUAACAGAACUAAACAGAGGGAUACAUUAAGUAAUAUAUAUAUAAGUAAAUUCUUAACUUUUUUGGAUUUGGAGCCAACUUCAAAAAAUGGAUAAAUAUUCUUUUACAUAAUUUCAAGGCAUGUAUUAAUCAUGCAGGAAAUAUAUCUGAAUUUUUUAAUGUCGCCUGCGGCUGUCGACAGGGUGACCCAAUUGCGGCAGCUCUAUUUGUACUUAGUAUUGAAAUUCUGUGUAUUAAACUUCGCUCAUCUCCCAGCGUUUCAGGAUAUAAAAUCGAAAAUCGAGAAAUACUUUUAUCAUUAUAUGCUGAUGACUGCUCAAUUUUUCUAGAGUACGAUGCCAAUAACUUAGAAAAUGCCAUCAUGAUACUUAAUGAUUUUUAUUGCGUCUCCGGGCUCAAAAUUCAUUUAACCAAAACCCAAUGUGUAGUUUUUGGGCAUAUACCAAAUGUUAACUACAAACUUUGCGAACAUUUAUCAUUAAAAUGGGAUCAAAAAUUCAAAUUACUUGGGGUUGAAUUUGAUGGAAUGUUGGAAAACAUGAGCAUAAACUAUGAAACUAAGAUUAAAGAAAUGAGCUAUAUCAUGAAGUCCUGGCAAUAUAGAUUUAUAACACCUAUAGGCCGUAACUGCAUAGUUAAGACUCUACUUCUCUCUAAAUUGUCUCAUUUAUCAUUUGUACUUCCAGGACUAGAUAGGAAAAAACUAAAAGAAAUCGAAUCUGAAAUAUAUCAAUUUAUAUGGGGAGGCUCUGAAAA